CCCCUCCGGGAGCGGGAAGCGGCGCCGGGAGCAUGGUGGCCUCCUGCCUUCCCCGCGAGGGCCUGAGGCCCCUGGCCGGGUGGCUGUUGCUUUUGUCCGUCGGCAGCGUGGCCGCUGGUCGGAUCGAGGAUCAAACAGAACAAUUCUUUAGAAGUGGCCAUACAAAUAACUGGGCUGUUUUGGUAUGUACAUCCCGGUUCUGGUUUAAUUAUCGACAUGUUGCAAAUACUCUUUCUGUUUACAGAAGUGUCAAGAGGCUAGGUAUUCCUGACAGUCACAUUGUUCUGAUGCUUGCAGACGAUAUGGCAUGCAACCCUAGAAAUCCCAAACCAGCUACAGUGUUUAGUCACAAGAAUAUGGAACUGAAUGUGUAUGGAGAUGAUGUGGAAGUGGAUUAUAGAAGCUAUGAGGUAACUGUGGAGAAUUUUUUACGGGUAUUAACUGGCAGGAUCCCACCUAGUACUCCUCGGUCAAAACGUCUUCUUUCUGAUGAUAGGAGCAAUAUUCUUAUUUAUAUGACAGGACAUGGCGGAAAUGGUUUCUUGAAAUUUCAAGAUUCCGAAGAAAUUACCAACAUAGAACUUGCAGAUGCUUUUGAGCAAAUGUGGCAAAAACGACGCUACAACGAGUUGCUGUUUAUUAUUGAUACUUGUCAAGGAGCAUCCAUGUAUGAACGAUUCUAUUCUCCUAACAUAAUGGCUUUAGCUAGUAGCCAAGUGGGAGAAGAUUCACUCUCGCAUCAACCUGAUCCUGCAAUUGGAGUCCACCUUAUGGAUAGAUACACAUUUUAUGUCUUGGAAUUUUUGGAAGAAAUUAAUCCAGCCAGCCAAACCAAUAUGAAUGACCUUUUUCAGGUAUGUCCUAGAAGCCUCUGUGUGUCUACCCCUGGACAUCGCACUGAUCUUUUUCAGAGGGAUCCUAAAAAUGUCCUGAUAACGGACUUUUUUGGAAGUGUACGGAAAGUGGAGAUUACAACAGAGACUAUUAGUUUGCAGCCGGAUUUAGAAAUCACAGAAAGCAGCUAUAAGAAAGACCGGAUGGAUGAGGAACUAAUGGAACCUCUGAAAUAUGCUGAACAACUUCCUGUAGCUCAGAUAAUACACCAGAAACCAAAACUGAAAGACUGGCAUCCUCCUGGGGGUUUUAUUCUGGGAUUGUGGGCACUCAUUAUAAUGGUUUUCUUCAAAACGUACGGAAUCAAGCAUAUGAAGUUCAUUUUCUAGACGUGAUGUGUGAAGAAGACUACAUGGAAGACUACCACCACCUUGGAUAAAAUUUAAUGUCAUUAUACUUUUUUUAAAAAUACAUUGUUAUUGUUGAAUUGGGCACAAAGUAUAGGAAACCAAAUUUGAGUGAACUAUUGAUUUUAUAACUUAAAGAAAAAUAAUUGUUAAUGCAAAUGCUAAGUGGCAUUGAUUAUACUUGUUUUUGUUGUGUGUGUUAUUAAAAAGAUGGGACAAAGAUCAGUGUAUAUUUAAUGGCUAUUUCUGAAAAUAAAAAUUUCCCCCCAUCUUCUUUCCAUUCAGAAAAGAAAAAAAAAAGUGAACACAUUAAAUGCUCACUAGCCAAGGUAA